AUGCCUCGUCGACGCCGUCCUCCACGACCAGGCGCUCUUGCGGACCUGUCACCAACCCGCAUUCUGUCCCAGAUCAUUGUUCUGCAGCUUGCUUACUAUGCUUGUGCUGCUAUUCUGAUUGUUUUCACGGCGCUGAUCGCUGGAGAGGAAAUCUCGAUUGAUCUGCUGUUCAGCUGGCGCAGUCUCCGUGGCGAUACCGCGGUAGGAUGGACCCUGGGCCUGGUUUGGGUAUUGAACAGUCUAGCAUCAGUUGUUUUCAUUCUUCUUCUUAUUGCACGCUCGAAACUCGUCCUUGAUUUCGCUCUCACCAUCCACUUCAUCCACCUGAUCGUCACAUCUCUCUACACGCAUGCUGUGCCGUCGAAUCUGUUCUGGUGGGCUUUGCAGUUGUGCAGCGCCACCCUGAUGACCUCUUUAGGCGUAUGGGCUUGCCAGUGGCGGGAGUUGCGUCCCAUAGCUUUUGGAGCGAAGAGUACCAAACAACAAGGCUCUGGUGCGGACGGAGAUGGUGAUGCCGGCCAUCUAAGCGGACGUGGCAGAGGCAGAGGAAGAGAUGGUGUUGGCGAAUAUGAGAUGGUCAAUAUGGAAGACAGGGAGGUUACCGUCUGA